AUGAGGGCCCUGGCGACCGCUCUCGUGCUCAGCAUCCUGCUCUUCCUGCCGGCCGAGGCCCAGAAGGCCACAGGACGUCGCUUGAAGCCAUGGCUGGUAGGCCUGACUGCCGUCGUGGUGUUUCUGUUCAUCGUCUUUGUCCUCAUGCUGGCCAACCGCAUCUGGUGCUCCAGAAGGAGAGCUGAGGACGACGCAUUCGGAAUGGAGAGCAACCUGUACCAGGACAUGGACCUGAGCAAAGAAGACAAGGAGAAAAAAGAGAAAAAGGCCAAGGAGGAAGGAGAGAGCAACUUGGGGCUGGAACUGGAGGACGAGAAGCCCGCGGACCAGGAGAAAACCAAGAACACAGUCAUGUGAAGACUGACCGCCCACUCCUCCAGGCGGACCCCGCCCCCCCCCAGAUGUCCCUUCCACA